UACACAUAAGCUUCAGUCCUUCAUUCCCUUCCCACAGCUCUCGCCCUUUCCCUUUCUCCCUCCAAUCUCCGAUUCGAAACAGGGGAACGAAGGAAGAAGGGCCAGGAAAUGGGGAAGCUGCCGAAUUUGGGACACCUUUUCAUGACCAUCUUUCUCAACAACUUCUCAUCGUUCAUGGUGCUUCCGGCCAUCACCGACGUCACCAUGGCCGCACUUUGCCCCGGUCAAGACGAGUGCUCCUUCGCCAUUUACCUCUCUGGCUUCCAACAAGCUGUGAUUGGGCUUGGGACUUUAGUAAUGAUGCCAUUGGUAGGGAAUCUUUCAGACAAAUAUGGGAGAAAAGCUUUGCUCACUCUCCCAAUGAGCCUCUCUAUCAUCCCUUUGGCCAUAUUGGCGUACAGCAGGUCCAGGAACUUCUUCUACGCUUACUAUGUGCUUAAGACCCUCACUGCCAUGGUUUGUGAAGGAAGUGUUCACUGCCUUGCUCUCGCCUACGUGGCGGACAAUGUUCCGGUGGGACGGCGAGCGGCGGCCUUCGGGAUACUCUCCGGGAUCGGAUCGGCAGCGUUCGUCUGCGGGAACUUCGUCACUCGAUUCCUCACCACUGCUUCCACUUUCCAGGUGGCGACGGCCGUGGCGAUCGCAGCUACGGUGUACAUGAGGAUUUUCCUUCCCGACGUAGCAGUCGAUGAAAGCCUCAAGACGCCAAUUCUCUCCCGAGGGAAGGCGAAGAUCAUAGCAGAUUGCCCGAACGAGAUCUCUCCGAUUAAGAGCGAUCAGAUCUUCAAAUCGAGGCCUUCCCUGCGAGACAUGCUCACCAUGCUGCAGAGCAGUAAGACUUUCACCCAGGCGGCAAUCGUAGCGUUCUUCCUCAGCCUUUCAGAUGCCGGCCUUCAUGCCUCCCUAACGUACUACCUGAAAGCAGAAUUCCACUUCAAUAAGGAUCAGUUCGCAGAUCUAAUGGUGAUUUCCGGGAUUGCUGGGACGGUUUCACAGCUGAUUGUGAUGCCCAUAUUAACUCCAUUCUUGGGAGAAGGUGUUCUGCUUUCAGUUGGACUUUUCUUCUCUUGUGUCCAUACAUUUCUCUACAGCGUCGCAUGGUCUUAUUGGGUCCCUUAUGCUGCCUCUAUGCUCUCCAUUUUCUUCGUUUUCUCACAACCAUGUAUGCGAACCAUUGUGUCGAAGCAAGUUGGUUCAUGUGAGCAGGGAAAGGCUCAAGGAUGCAUAUCAGGGAUUUCUUCCUUUGCGAAUGUUGUUUCCCCCCUAGUUUUCUCUCCAUUAUCAGCUCUAUUUCUCUCCGAUAAUGCCCCAUUCGACUUCCCUGGCUUCAGCAUCAUGUGUGUUGGAUUCGCAAUGACGGUAGCCUUCGUUCAGAGUCUCAUGAUUAGGGUUCCCCCUCCCAUUUCAGAAGAGAGGGUCAAUAAUCCGAACUACGUUGAUGCCUAAGCAUGACCUGUGGUUGCCCUUAGAACAUGGACGAUGAGAAUGUAGUUACUGGAAGCUGUUAGUUGUUACAUUCAUAUACCUACUCCAAACAAGGGAGACAAGGCGCCAAAUCGACGGUAAUGUUGGUUCAUUUGGGAGGGUUUUUGUUUUGGUUUACCUUAAUCUUCACAUGGAAAGGAUUUUGGAUGCGAUAACAAAGGAGGUGGCAAAGCAUACAUUAUGGGAGAAGGUCUUUUGGGUAGUUGCUAGUUAGGUGGGUAUAUAUAUAGAUAGGUUAGACAUUAUUAAUUAAUUAUUAUUCUGUAUAUAUUGCCAGAAAUCAAGGAAAUGGCGCAAAACUAUAGCUUGUAGUGUAGUGCAAAGUAUGAAAUAUAGAUUGGCAUUCGGUGAUCGAUAGCUUUCAUUAAGAUUUCACCAAGGUCUCAUACCCCCCUUUGGAUUUGUCUCUUUACCUCACACAUAAGAUUAUCAAUACAUUUCAUUGAAUUUCUAGAGAA